AUGAGUAGUUUAAAUGAUGAUUUAAUAACUACUAAAAAAGAACCCGAGAAUCAUCAAAUUCAACAGCAAAAUUUCAUCAAGGAUCUUAAUCAAGCUCAAUCGCCACGGACAAAAUCAUUUGAUAAUAUAACUAAAUUAGAAGAAAAUCAACAACAACAAUCCGAUCUACCUCCCGAAUUAAGAUCAAAAUCACUAGAACCAUUUGAAUCAUUUAAUUCUGAAUCAAAAACUAUAAGUAAUUCUCAAUCUCCAAAUUUACAACCUGCUGAUGUUUCCAAUAAAUCACAACAGGAAAUAAGGCGAAAAUCAACGUUAAUUCCAAAAAAUAUAGAUGAUGAAUCAAAUACUUCGAGAAUUUCAGCUUAUGCAAGAUUAGAUUUUGAAAGUUUUACUUUUUUCGUUCAAACUUUACAAGUUGUAUUAGGUAGAAAAUCAAAUGAUGAAUUAUUGCAGCAACAAACAAAUGUAGAUGUUCAUUUAUCUUCAAAAAAAGCAAUAAGUAGGAGACAUGCUAAAAUCUUUUAUAAUUUUGGGACUCAACGAUUUGAAAUUUCAAUUUUAGGUAGAAAUGGGGCAUUUGUUGAUGAUUGUUUUGUUGAAAAAGGUUUAACUAUACCAUUAAAUGAUGGUACAAAAUUACAAAUUGGUGAUAUUUCAUUUAAAUUUAUAUUACCUACAACUGAUAAUAAUGAUGAAAUUAAUGAUAAACAAAAUAAAUCAACACAUUUUAACCCUAGUGAUGCAAUUAAUUUGAGAACCAACUUAUAUUCAAAAACUCCAACUCCCAAAAACUCACCAAAGAAGAAAACUACAUCAAUUGUGGAACCAAAGAAGGAGGAGAAUAAAUUACAUCGUAAAAAAUCAAUGAGCAGAAGAGAUUCAUUAUUGAAAAUUAGAAGAUUAUCAAAUGUAAGAAGAAAAUCUCAUUCUCAAUCUCAAGCUCAAGCUACGAAUGAUGAAAUUAAUGAAUUAUUAAAAGACUUAGGUGUCACUUCCAUUGAUGCAAUAAAUGAAGAUUCAGAUUUAUUAGAUGUACAAAUUCAAAAUUUGUUGGAUGAAGAUGAGAAUAAUAAUCUAAUGAAAUUAUCAUAUAAUGAAUCAGCAAUAGAUGAUGAAGAUGAUGAAAAUAAUCAUGAAGAGAUUGAUAAAUUACUUAAAAAUGUUGAAUCCGAACAAGUGGAAAAUGAAAUUGAAGAGAUUGAUUCGAAUUUAAAUCAAUUAAAUCAAGAAAUCGCAAAUUUAACACCUGUAAAUGUAAAUCAAAACUUAAAUCGACAAUUAAUUAAAGAGAAAGAGGAGAAGAAGAGAGAAUUGGAAGAAGAAAAGAAGAAGAAACAAUUACAGCAAAUACAGAGAAAAAUUUCAUUAAUAAAACCAACAACAAAUAGAACAAUACCAUUGAUGGGUAAACCAGCUUCAAUUCAACCACCAGCUUCAUCAUCAAUAUACUCAAGAAUAAAUGGAGGAAGUAAAUUAAUUAAUAGUCUACCACCACAAACACCCACAUGUCAUUCACAACAGAAACCAUUAGCACCACCACCAAAAUUGGAAGUACCUGUGCUACCUAUAACUUCCGAACCUGCUGCAAUACGAUCUAGACCUCCAUUACGCGCAAUAACAGUUAGUGAUUACUCAUAUUUAUUAACAUUUGAAUAUCCUAAAACAAUUGAAGAACCAUCAAAAUUUCCUAAACCAAAAAUAAAAAGAAUUUAUCAAAGAAGACCGAGUAGAAAAUUAUAUUCAUUAGAUGAAAUACCUGAAACAUAUAGAUCAAAACCAAAUAUUUCAUAUAAAUCGAUGAUUACAAAUGUAUUAAAAACUGAAGCUGCAAGAAAUGGAUUAACAAUUAAUGAAACAAUCGAAGCUAUAAAGGAAGUAUAUCCAUAUUAUAAAUAUUGUCCUGAUGGUUGGCAAUCAUCAAUUAGUCAUUGCAUAAAGUACACUAAAAUUUACAAAAGAGUCGCAAAAAGACAAGGUACUAUGGAAUGGUUAUAUACAAUGGAUGAAUUAUAUAUAAAUGAACGAGAAAAUAUGAGAAUGAAACAAAGAGAAAUCGCCGAUGCAAGACACAAAGCUGAAAUGAUAAGGCAAGAAGAAAUUAGACAAAGACAAAGAUUGGAAGCUCAACAAUCACAAAGCUUGCUUAAUAGAAAUUAUCCUUCUUAUAAUAAUUAUGCACAAAAUCUUUAUUCAAAUAGUCAAACAUCAAGACAAGUUCCACCUUCAACAUCUCCACAAUCCAGACCAUCAUCAACUCCGUCAGUGGAUGAUCCAAAGACUCAUAAGUCAUUAGAAUAUUUACGAAAAGAAUUAUUUGUAUUAUAUAAAGGUAGAAAAUUAACUUAUGACAAGCCAACUGCUACUACUUUAAUUACAAAAGCAUUGGCUACUACAAUUGCACAAGUCAAUAGUAUUGGUGCAAAAGCUGGAUGCGUUGAUAAUGCAUUGGGUUUUUUAGUUGAAAGAGCUCCCAAGCAAGUGAGUAAAAUUUUAGACAUUGCAUUAACAAAAUCGAUUAAAGAACAUGAAGGAGUAUCAAAAUCUCCAACGAGAGCAAGUACACCAGUAGUGGCCAAAGUUCCUAUAAAAAUUGAAGAACCAAAACCAUCACCAACACAAUCAUCACCACCUAUUGAAUCAACUCGUCCACCAAUUCAACAACCAAUUCAAAAGCCAUUUCAAGUUACUCCCCAACCAGAACCAGUGGUUCAACCAGUUGUUCGACCUAUUGUUCAACCUAAAUCAAUAGUGAAGCGAGAAACUCCACCAAUUUCACGACCAUUGGCAAAACCUCCUUCAUUUGGUAAACCACCAGGUCUUAAUAAACCUUCAUUUGGUAAACCACCAUCAUUUGGUAAGCCACCAGGUGCUAGUGGUGUUUCGAGAUCAACACCGACAUUUUUAUCGAAUAAACCAACAUUUAGUUCUACAUCAUCACCAACAUAUACAAAAAGAGAAUUAGAGAAUAAUAAUAAUAAUAAUGAACUUAAUGAUCAAAUUAAAAAGCCAAAAAUUGAAAAUUAG